AUGGCUAAAAGUAUGCGAAGCAAAUCCAAACGUCGCUUCCGUGCCAUAAAGCGUCAGAAUGUGUUCGCCCCAGUUGAAGAGGCUCGAUUACGGAGACUUGCGGCUAAGCAGGCUGAGGCAACGAGAGUCUCUGAUAACAAGAAUAACAAGAAUAGCAUGGACUAUGAAGCACAGACAACGACAGUCGAAGAGGAUACGCAAGCUGUAGUAAUGGAUGUCGAUGCGCCUAAGAUAUCAACAAGCACGCCCAAGAAUGGGAGGUAUAAGGGAAAGAAGAAGGGGAAGAAGAGGGGAAUGGGUAAAACGAAAAGGAAGAUUCUUAAUGCAUUAGUCCACUUUAGGAGAUGA